UUCUCAGAUAUGCGAUUAGUUUUUAUCGUUAUACCUCGAUAAUUAGUGUCGUUGCGAGUUAUUUCGAAGUGAUUCGUAUUGGUGCUCGUUUUUGGGCGUUUGAAAUCGGACACCGCUUUUUAACGUCCUCGUUUUCCGCGGAGGGAUACAGUGUUGGAUGACAAUGUGGAGGAGGCUAAAAUGUCUACUAGGAAGAUGAGACGGUUAGCACUGCAGCGACCAUAAGAAACCCGUAAUCUACAACUUGGAGAGUCAGUGCUUGAGCAGGCUAAACGUUUCAACUCAGAGUAGCUCGGAUUCAACAUCUGGGAGGGUACAAUUCAGUUAUUUUGGCGAUUUGCGGCGCCUGAAACACGGGAAGGGGGAUUUUGUCCCCCAACUUUGUUUUCUCUCUCUCUCUCUUUCUCUCUCUCCCUCUCUCCCUCUCUCUCCCUCCCGAAAGCACUCCGUUUGGAUGCCGAACACUUGAGACGACAAAAGGCCUGUGUGUGUGUACUGAAAAAGAAUGAGUGAUACUGGAAUCAGAAUGAGUACUGCAGGAACUGACAAGGAGCUCAGUGACCUUCUGGAUUUUAGUGCUAUGUUUCCUCUUCCGGGGAUGAACGGGAAAAACAGACCCAACGCUCAAACAGGCGGUCAGUUUUCAGGUCCAGGUAUGGAAGAUCGGAGCGGAUCAGGCUCCUGGGGCUCAGCAGAGCAGAACAGUCCAUCCUUCAGUUCACGGGCAUUUGACAAUGUGGGCCACUACAAUGAGCAUGAAAGCAUGUCCCCUUCAUCAAUGUACAGCUCAGGAAUCGGAGGCAAAUCAGACAGAGCACCUUAUUCCUUUGGCGCACAGUUCCUGCAAGGAGAGAUGUCCAUGUCCAGUCCCGAUGGCUUAUCCCCCUCUGGCGUAAAAGCCACAUCACCAUUCUAUGGAUCUUACCCAGCCAAUCGUAGGAGGCCUCUAGAUGGAGUGCUCGGUGAGAUGGCUAAUACCCCACCGAAGAAGAUCAGGAAAGUACCAGCUGGUCUCCCAACUUCGGUUUAUCCAACAGCUCCCAGCGAUGAUUUCAACCAGGAAAAUGCAGGUUUCCCAGCUUCAAAGACCGGCAGCGUCUACCCUGGCACCUACUACAUGGAAGACGGUCUGCAGGUCCCCUGGGCUCAGUCGGGUUUUUCCUCCAUACCCCACCUUUCCCAGUCGGCUCCGUUUGCUGCCAUCAAUCCUCAGGAUCGCCUGAAGAGGCAGCCUUUGCCCCUGUCCCCUCCAUCUUAUCCUCACCAUGGCAGCGAGGUGAACAGUGGCUUCCAGUCCGCAUACACUCCUCCUAUCAAUGGAACAGACGGGAUCAUGGGCAAUAGUGCACCAGGAAGCUCAGGGGAUGAAAUUGGAAAAGCCCUUGCUUCAAUUUACCCUUCGGACAACAAUGGGAGCAACUUCUCCUCCACUCCACCUACCCCGGUGGGGUCUCCUCCGAGCAUGGCAGUUUCUGCUUCUCAGUGGCCCAGAGGAUCAACUCAGUCUGCACAGUCACCCAGUUUUGAGGGAGGACUGCAAGCACUGCAGAACAAGACUGAGGACUGCCUGGGUGAAGCCCUGCGUGUGUUACGGAACCAUGCAGUAGGUUCGGGACUGGGUGCAGAAAUGCACACCCUGCUGAGCGUUGCUGGAGGAGCUGCCGGUCUGAGUUCCCUUGCUCAGAGCUUUUCCGUGCACAGCAGAGCGCCCGGCCUGGUGCCCAGCCACCACGAGGAAUCGUCUGGUCUGACGUCCACCGGUUCUCUAUUACAUGGGCAGCCGACAGCCACGCAAGCCCCUGCCAACUCGCAGCCAGAGGGCUUCUCAAGUUUGUCUGCAAGUCUGAGUCGCGUCUCCAGCACAGAUAUAAAGAGGGAGGAGAAAGAGGAUGACGAAAACUGCUCUAUCGCAGAUAAGUCCGAGGACGAGAAGAAAGACGGCAAGAUGAACAGCACACGAACAAGCAGUGUGUCAGAGGAGUGCUUGACACUGGAGGAGAAGGAGCAGCGUGACCGUGAGCGCCGCUUGGCCAACAACGCUCGCGAGCGAGUUCGAGUACGGGACAUCAAUGAGGCCUUCCGGGAGCUCGGGCGCAUGUGCCAGCUGCACUUGAAGAGUGACAAGGCACAGACCAAACUGAUCAUCCUACAGCAAGCCGUGCAGGUCAUCCUAAGCCUCGAGAGGCAGGUGCGAGAGCGGAACCUCAACCCAAAGGCGGCAUGUCUGAAAAGGAGAGAGGAGGAAAAGGUCACCGGCAUUGGGGGAGAUCCUCAGAUGCUGGGAGGAGGCCACCCUGGUCUAGGCAGUGAUGGGCACACUCAUAUGUAAUAUUUAUAUUCUAUUCUAAAGAGUACUUUCAGAUGUGGCCUUAUUCUCCUAUCUACCGUCUGUGUGUGAAUACGCUCACCAUGACUGUGCAUCAGAAUCUUUUAAUCUUAUGGACACGUACCUGUGCAAACACACACACACACACACUCGCACACAAACACACACUUGCAUAAAUGUACACACAGAUGUUAUGGACCACUGGAGCAUCUUAAAGAACACUGCUGAGAGAUGGUGAAACUCUGAGCACAACGAACAAGAAUUUCAACGCUCCUAUUUUUAAUGUUUUUUUUUUUUUUUUUUUUUUUCUUUUAAAUACGGGAGCAAGGAGAUUAUGGAGGUGUGUUUCGCCAGGAUUUGAUUUCUUAUUGAAAUAGACAACCAUUCCCAAGACUUCAAAAUAAGGUCUUAUCUGUGUAGAUAAGAACUCAAACAAAAUACUAUCUGCUACAUCGUUAGAUGUCUGAUAAUUUGCUGAUCAGAUAUUGUGCUAGUACAUAGCACAUGUGCACACAAACACUUCGUGGGGAUUCAGGGGCUCAAAUUAGGGAACAGAAAUUUUACCCUUUGGACUUUCAUUUGUACCAACACAUGACUGAAAGCAGACGUGAAAAUGAAGAACAGCCACAGUGACAAACACCUCGGCGCUCAAGUGUUUAUUUUCUUAUUUUUAUUUUUUUGCAUUAACAUUGAGCGUCUGAACUCAUGUACCUGUUUAACUGGAGCCUGUUCACCUCUACAGCAGUCACCACAGCCAUGGACUCAACACUUCAUUCUUGCCUACUGGACUAGCAGUUUGCAUUAAUAUUGAAAUCAGUUGUUUUUUUUUUUUAAGAGGAACGACACGUCCUCUUGAUACUUCUUCAGUCUCCUCGUUUUUAGCAUUUCAGUACUGUGCCGUCAUGUCACAUCUUUAAUCCUGGAUCCUCCUUUCUGCUGUUUCAUUUUUGUUUGUUUGUUUUUUUUCUUUUCUUUUCUUUUUUUUUCUUUGUAAAGAAGAAAAAGUGUAAGAAAACUUUGGACAUGGACACCAUGUGCGAUUACCAAUUGUCCUGAUUUGAUCUAAAGGGUAGAUGUAGUUUGUUCUUAAAAGUACAGUAAAAUCACAUUGAGGAUUUGUGAAAUCUGCUCGUUUUUUGGCCAGUGAUUCAGUGCUAAAAUUGUCAGGGGUAUUUGUGUAUUUUGCUGACUGAUUAGUGUCAACUGCAUCUGCUGCCAAUCCUGGGUAUCUUUUCUUGAAAAUGGAAGAAAAUGGAAAAUUUCACCAAUUACUUGAUCAUGUUGCCGCUUUCUUUUUUAAUAAUUAUUUUUAAUGAAUAAAUAUGCGAAAGAACGUUGGAACGCCAGGAACAAAUGUAAUCGUUACGUAUUUCUUUUGCUUUUUUGUAUUUUAAUGUAGGGUGGAAACUUUUUAUUACUAGUUUUUAUAUAUAUAUAUAUAUAUAUAUAUAUAUAUAUAUAUAUAUAUAUAUAUAUAUAUAUAUUCCCUGUCCUCAUUGCUCCAGUUGUUUCAUUGAUUUCAAUCACUGCAAUAUUGCUUCAUUUCCCCUCUCAGUGAACAUAGUAUUGUUGUUGAACCACCUUUUAUAACAUGUUUUCAUAAGCGCUGACACCAAGGGUCAUUUCAACAGCUGAAUUUAUCAGUGUUCUCCUUCAGU